AAUAUAUAUGCAGAGCGCACGGCCCUUCUACUUCCCUUUAUAAACCCCCAACCUGACAAUCCCAAAACCCACAAAAAUUCAUCUUCACUUUCCACGAAAAUUGUUUGUUUGUUUCUCUCUCGUCUCUUUCUCGGACUUCCCUAACUUGUAAUGUAUUUCCUCGGCACAGAUGAGCGGUCAAGAAUCUGAUAGCCCCAAGAACAAAGUGUUAGUGGGGCUGCCUUUCGAUACUCCAGUUGUUGAUAUUGAAAUCAAUCCAUAUGUUAAUGUCGCCCCAAAGAAAUCUUCCAUUAGCGUCCCUCAACAUACUUUCACUUAUUCCUGGUAUCGAAAGCAGAUCAGCUUUCAUUGUUCCAUACACCCUGAUAAGUUGGCCACACUUCAAUGUAACGUUUGUGUGAAGUUGAAACUACCAGUUGAGGAGAGUUACUAUUGCUCUAGGUGCUGCUUCAUUAACGCGUGGAAAAAGCACAAGGUCUCUCAUGAUCAAGUCAAUGGAACUGACAGAACCGCAAAUGGACAAGCAGGAGGAGAACUCAGAAGUAGUGGCCCAUGGCAUUGUAAAGAUUGGACUAAGGUUGAAUGGGUCAAGGUUGGUUCUUCAAAAUCUUAUAAACCCACAUCGGAUGAUUAUGGUUCCAUUCUAAAGCUGGAAGUCGUAGCAGUAGAUUGCUCAACAAGUGCUCAAUUGUCUCCCAUAGCGGUCGUAUUGGAGAAUCCUGUGAUUAAUGCUCCUACUCGUGAGCCUCGUCGCAUAAUCAAAUGUUCGCUGAGUGGUGGGAACUUUGACACCAAAUGUCAUUCUAAAAAGGAUGCGACAUUCAGUGUGCUAUCCUAUAAUGUCCUUGCUGCUGUGUUUGCUAGCCGGGAAAGGUACAGCUACUGUCCCACAUGGGCUCUUGUAUGGGAAUAUCGGAGGCAAAAAUUACUCAACGAAAUCAUCGAGUAUGAUGCAGAUAUAAUUUGUCUUCAGGAGGUGCAAAGUGAUCAUUUUGAAAGUUUCUUUGAGCCAGAGCUGACAAAACGUGGUUACUCCGUUAUGUACAAGAAGAAAACCCAAUUGCUCUAUACAGCUAACAAGUACGUAAGUGAUGGGUGCGCCACAUUCUACCGGAGUAAGCUAUUCAAAGUCAUAAUGAAACAUGAGGUCGAGUUUGAGAAAUUAGCAGAGAAUUUGGUCAACGCAUUGCCCCCUCAUCUAAGAGAAAAAUAUAGCGUCCGCCUGGCGAAGGGCAAUGUUGCGCAUAUUGCUGUAUUAGAAACUCUAGACAAUGAGAGAUUUCGAGGUGUUCUCCAGUCUAGAAUUUGUGUGGCAAACACUCACAUCCACGCAAAUACAGACAGUCCAGAUGUAAAGUUAUUUCAGGUUGUGGGGCUUGUCAAUGUACUUGAGGAAAUUGUCCAGUCUCAUAUUCCUCUAUUGAUCUGUACAGAUCUCAACUCUCCUCCGUUAAGUGAUCCUCAUAGAUUUAUAGUUAGCGGCAGGUGCAAUCUUGUUGAUAAUGAGAUAAAGGAGCAUUUGGAGUUACUUCAUUAUCUCAAGAUUCACCAUUCGUUGCCUCUGGCAAGUGCAUAUGCUUCGUUUCCUGUUUUGGCUGGUGAUGAGAAACGACUGCAGUUUAUGGACACGAAAGCUAAGGAGCCUCUGUUCACCAACUUUACAAAAAACUUCGCAGGAACUUUGGAUUACAUUUUCUAUACAGAGAACAGUUUGAGGGUUGAAGGCCUAUUGGAGCUUCUUGAUUGCGAACGCCUUGGUCCUGGUCUUCCAUCUUCUGUUUGGCCAUCAGAUCACAUCGCCCUCAUGGCAAGGUUUGGCCUCAAGCCACCACCUGCUAGGGUGGGACAGCGCUCACCACGAUCUCCUCUGAACUCGUGGGUGAAAACAGGAGCUAGACAGUGAUGACUUCUAGAUUAACAUGAGGUGCUUGAAAGAUUAGCAUAUUAGGUAACAUCUAUACAUUUCUAUUAUUCACCGAUUUCUUAGAGCGAUAGGCUGAUAGCAGUAAGCAGUG